AUGCCAAAUUUUGAUUAUAAAAUGUUUGUUGCAGAAGAUGUUGGACGUAUUGGUAUAGGCAUAUGCUACGACAUUCAGUUCCAAGAGCUAGCAGCAAUAUAUGCUUCUAGAGGCGCCCACUUGCUUUGUUAUCCAGGAGCCUUUAACAUGACUACUGGUCCCCUUCACUGGGAGUUAAUGCAGCGUGCACGGGCAGCUGAUUUUCAGCUUUAUGUAGCAACUUGUUCACCAGCUAGGGACACUGGCUCUAGUUAUGUGGCUUGGGGCCAUUCUACUCUCGUCGGGCCGUUUGGGGAGGUUCUUGCAACAACUGAACAUGAAGAGGCGAUAGUCAUAUCCGAGAUUGAUUAUUCCCUUAUUGAGCAAAGAAGAACAUAUCUUCCAUUUGAGAGGCAGCGGCGAGGAGACAUUUACCAGGUUGUUGAUGUCCAGAGAGUUGGCUCGGUUUGAGAUGUGGUAUGUUGAUGCAAUAAACGAUCGGAUGUUUAUCCCAAGUAAGAAUGGUGUAUUUUGUUUUUCUCCCAUGUGGGAAAUCUGGUGUUAAAGUAGAAGCUUAUAGCUCCAUAGCCCAUUUAUAAUAGUAGGACCUGGACAUGAUUUCGUGAUCUCUCAUGAUUCUGCUGGCUGAUGUCCAAACUGCACCAUUUAUAGAUUUAA